AUGGGACGACGACCUGAUAGCAAGCGAGCCGUGACGAAGGAUGCUCGAACAUCCCCCUCACCCCGGCCGACACCACGAACUAGACGAGGGCCACCACCGAAGAUCGGGUGCCCAAUACCGGAGCCACUCGACUGCCUUGUUGGAGCACUAGUCGGAGAGGAUGAAGAGGGGCGAAUGUUGUGCUGUACGAAUCCUGCUUGCCCACACAUGACCACACUAGUGCACGAUCGAUGUAUGGAUGCAUUCGAGGAGCAUCUUGUUAAAAUUCUACAAAACUCUGGUUCUGCUCGUGGCUGGACCGAUGGACAACGACGACAGAAUUUAUGGGAGAAAAAAGGGCAAGCGCUUGUAGGAAAAGUUUGCAGAUGUCGAUGUGGGGGUGGAGUUGUUGUUCGUGAUGAAAAUCAUGACACUGCUCGAGAGAAACGAGAAAAGCAAGCACUUGAAGCGCAAAAAGGAAUAAAGAAGAAGCGGGUGAAACGAGAAAGCGGCCUUCCACGACUCAACUAUGGGACGAAAGGACAAACACUGUUCCCCGAGCCAAGAGCCAAAGGAAGAACACAACUUCCAUCGGAAUCUGAAUCGGAAAUUUCUUCAUUUACAAGCGAGUAUGUUGCAUCAAGACGUGAAUCAAUGGCUUUGUACAAGGAUACUGAGGGUUGGGCCACUUCAAGUUUAAAUGGAACAAAUUUCCAUGACUCAGUUGAUGAGACGGGCGACGAAUAUUACAAGUUCAACACUCCACCACCAUCAGCCGUGAAACGAACAUUCUCAGACGCAACUCAACAUCGAUCAUUGACAACGCCGCUUACGGUUCAAACAGAGAAUAUCACUCCAGCCAGUGGACGCCAUAUGAUGAGAUCAAGUUGUGGAGGUGUGGACAGCGGCAUUGAGAUAAAGAGUGGAGCAACUUCUGUGUCUGGCGGUGAUGCAUGUACUCCAACUGGGUCGGCGCAAAACAGCCCACCCGGACACAGCAACAUUUUCUAUGCCGCACCGUGCACAACACGACACGGCCGACGAUUUCAAACUGAGAUCGCACGAAACAAGCCAUCAAAAUCGCCACCAAUUGUGCCCGGAGGAACACCAGCUUGGCGUCCACUUACGCCUUUAUUGCCACCUAUCACUGGGGGAGGAUUCGAUACUUUAUUGGAGGGACCACCUGCACCAUUGUCGCCAUUAGAAGAGAUAAUGCGAGGACUAUCACAAUAUACGGCAAAGGGAGACUCGACGAUGAUUGAUUCUGCCUUCGCUCGAGUCAAACCUACCACUGUUUGCGAUUCUUCACCACUCAGCGGAAGGCUCUCGAUGGACCGUCCACCGGCUAUCCCAGCAUUGAUGUCUCUACAAAUGACGCCACCUCCUGAAUUUGUCGAACGACACCCAUUGUUUACGGAAGACGGAUUGCCCUCCUUCUCGCCAGUCUCUCACAUCGGAUUCACCAACUGCUCGAAUAAAGCAGGCUAUUCACGGCUUAAUCCAGCUCACCCAGUUUCGAUUAGCAAAAAGAUCACUGGAGGAAGCCACUUUGAGACCGCAACUUCAAACGAACCAAAUUCUACUUCUGAAAGGCGCUCGGUGACACCAAUCAAUUGGGAGGAUGAGUUGCCUCCUGAAUGGGCCAAUGCGGACACGAUACCUCGCUACCAUUUACGAUCUUUGGACAAUCGAGUCUUCCUGGGCAUUGGUGAACAAAUAGGAUUUCGGCUUCAUUGCUGCCAACUUUUGCGACUUCAUUUAUGUUACACUUUCUUCUUCGUGCCUUUUUUUUCUAGUGUUGUUUUUUUG